AUCAGAAUAUCAUUCUUAUUGAAAAAUAAUACCUUGACGGCAUUAUGGUGGAGUCGUCGAGCUUGGGCAGAACAUUGAACAAUGCUCCGGUCCAGCCUCUACCCACUCAAUCGCCCUCCGGCAUGCGUUGUGGUACAUUGGAGACACGUGUGCGUGGAGCCUGGUAUCGUGUACUGGUUACUUUAGAAACGGAUUAUUUGGCGAUUAGCCUAGACGAGACGUGUGAAAAUGCUGGAACUGGUGAUCAGUCGACAACACUAAAUGGUACUUUAGGGAGUAAUCAUAGCGGCCAUAAUGGUUCCAUCCCCUCUUCUGCCUCCAUGCAGGGCAUGGGUCAGGGUGGAGGUGCUGGCGGUGGCUGUAGUAGCACUACUAACGACAUAGAUGUAACAGAUAAUUGUGACCAUUUGCUAAAUAACAAUACAUUGGAUAGUGGCAUGGAUAUGUGUGAUGUACCUGAUCAUGUGGCAAAUCAAAAGAGACACGUGCGCAUUAUAAAAUCCGAAAAUAAUGGUCUUGGUAUAUCCAUAAAAGGUGGUCGAGAAAAUCGAAUGCCAAUAUUAAUAUCAAAAAUAUUUCGUGGCAUGGCCGCAGAUCAAGCCAAAGGACUUUACGUCGGCGAUGCUAUACUCUCUGUUAAUGGUGAAGAGUUACGUGAAGCUACUCAUGAUGAAGCGGUUAGAGCGUUAAAACGGGCCGGUCGUGUAGUGGAUUUAGAAGUGAAAUUUCUACGCGAGGUUACGCCCUACUUUAGAAAAGCCAGCAUUAUUUCAGAAGUUGGCUGGGAAUUACAAAGAGCAUUUUUAUGCCCAUUGGGACCCGGCGUAUCAGCAUCACCACCUGCACCGAAAACCACACCAAGAGCCGAUACCCGCUACAUUCCAUUACAAUUAACACAUUUGGCACGUAACUUAAAAUACAUCGAUCCAGAAAAUCGUUGUCUGGAACUACAUUCACCUGAUGGUGUACAUUCGUGCAUAUUGCGCGCUUCAGACUCGGCGGAAGCAUUAGUAUGGUUUAAUGCCUUGCAUAGCGCCAUGAAUGGCUCUACUCAACGUGCUUUAGUGGAGGCCAAUCGGGCUUUAAUAAAUGUCAUUGGUGAACUGAAACAUAUCGGAUGGCUAAGCAGACGCCUAAGUGGUGGCAGUAGUAGUGGUGGAGGAGUAGUAGGUGGCAAUGGAGGUGGCGGUAAUGGUAGUGGCAGCAAUGCUGCUGCAGUUGCUGGCAGCAAUGUCAUGACAGGCACUACCACAAGUGUUGGCAGUGCUGGUGAAGUGCCAAGUGGUCGUUCUAGUUCAGAGAGCUCUGAUGAAAACGAUAAAUGGCAACCCAUAUUUGUGGCUGUAACUGAACGUGAAUUACGAAUCUAUGAGAGUGCUCCAUGGUCGGUGGAAGCCUGGGGUCGGCCUUUAGAAAGCUUUGCAUUAGCCACUACACGAUUAGCAGGCGCUGGUAAUAAUUCAUCUUUAAAUGGACAACAGUCGACUGUGUUUUGUGUACGUUGUGGAACAACGCGGGGAGUAUUAGUUUAUUGGCUGCGCUCGGAAACCCAUCGCGACAUGGCAGCAUGGGCCAGAGCAUUAGUUCAAGGUUCGCAUAAUGCGGUCAACUAUCAGCGUGAGUUCUCAUUUCGUUGCUUGUAUCAGGGCAGACAGUGUCAAUUGGUUGUGCAUUUAAAUCGUGGAUUUUGUCUUUUUGAGUGUGGUUACACGGCACCCGCUCAAGCCAAAACACAAUUGUGGCAAUUUCCUUUUGAUAAAUUGCGCGGUUCCGCCGACGAUGGCAAUCGUUUGCUGUAUUUGGAUUUUGGCGAUGAAGGCGAAAUUGAAUUGGAUAUGGAAUGUUGUCCCAAACCUGUAGUAUUUGUUCUACACAACUGUCUGUCGGCCAAAGUUCAUAAUAUUGUUUAAACACAACAUAAAUGCUUUGAAGUUAAAAUAGAAACGUACAGAAAAGAAAAGGAACCUACUUUAGGUGU